ACUUUUUGCGUUUUGGCCUCGAGGAGAUGGACAACAACAAUGCCAAUAGCAGCUACAACAAUAAUAAAAGCAACAGUGCUGCCGCUGCCGCUGCCUCCGCCAAUCAAGAGUAUGUUGUGAACGAGCUGCUGGGCGGCAACGGCGCCAAUGAGGCUGAAGCAGUGGCCUUAGCCAAAGGCAGCAACUCGGGUCCACAUCAUCUGACCGCUCUUGUGGAGGCAUACAGCCAACAGCCGGAGCCGGGACAGAAAUACUUGGUCGAGGAGGUCACCGAGAUGGAGGUGGAUGAGUUGGACUCAGAAACUGAUGAUGCCAGCGAAUCUUUGGGAGACUUUCAACCUACUGACAUUGAGUAUGUGACCAUUAAAAGUGUAUACGAUUCCCAGGUGGAGGAGGAAGAGAUUGAUGCCGAGGCCGGACCCGAGGAGGACGAAGAGGAACUACUACUGGAGGCCGAGGAGGACGAUGACAUUGAGGUAAUGGAUGAGGCGCCACAACUAGAAAUGGUCAGCGAGCAAAAGCAGCUGCAGAUGCUCGACGAUCAGAUGGUCAUCACAUCGAAAAGCAAAUCGAUGAAGUAAUUGGCGAAGUUGAUGCCGAUGACAUCCUGGACAUUGAGCGCGAGGAGCGCUUGUUGACUUGCGAUAGCGAGGAGGCUGAAGAAUACCUUGACGAUUCCAUGGAUGAAACGUCCGGCAAUGUCGUUGUCUCCGCCUCCC